AUGUGCAGAAACAAGCUCUGGAUGCCUCUGCGGCUGACCAGGGCCCCUACCCCUCCGCCAGCGCUCGCCUGUCCGACCAGCCCUCGGCGGGCCUGGAGCGCUCGAUGGAUUUCCGCUCCCCAGGAGCCAUCAACCUCCGUGAGGUCUUCGACGUGGGCUACGCCAUCCAUCGCCAGGAAGAAGAGAACAAACGUCGUAAAAAUUACCGGAAUCACCCUGGGGCAAAUUCCACUGCACUCUCAGUCUGUUCUCAAUUCACUUAACGAAGACUACAAUGAUGGAUACGAUGGCGGGAUCACGUAUCAACCGAUUGACCAUGACGAAUAUCCCCCGUCCAAACCCCAGAAUCAGUCGAAAGAGGUAUCGGCAAUGGAAGCAAAAUUACGGUACAUCAAUUUGGGUGCCCCCGGCCAUCCUGGUCAGGCGCGGAGAGCUCUCCAGCCCCGGCAGCAGCAGGGCUACGGCCAACACAGUGCCAAAGUCACUGCGGCAGCGGGACAGAGGAUUUCCAGCGGGGGUAGGGAGACUUUCGAACUCAGUUUGGACAACGCGGCGUUGCUCCAAAAGAGAAAUGACAAAUCUCAUGGUGUCCACUCAACUAUCUCGCGAAUACCACAGGGCUACCUAGAAGAACUUGCGAAUGAAGUGAUAUAUGCCGUUCGACCCUACAAGUUGGGCAGUGGUGUGGUUGAGCACAUUCAUAAAAUACUUCCAGACCUCUUGGAAACGUUUGCGCUUGGUUUAGGUCAAUUUUCGUCCAUCCAGGCCUACCGUGACGUGAUGGCUUUUAUCCAUGAGUAUCGAUGGGAUAUCGCUACUACGUUCCAGGAACGCUUGGCCGAUAACACAGUGGACCAACCUUAUCGAGACGUGGCAAGACUGACUCUAGACGAUGCUAUGGAUCUCCGGCAUGGAAGGACCGAUGGUCUGGCGCCUAGAUCACAACCGCUUGUUGCGAGAAACACUGACCAAAAAGAGUGCCUUGUUAUGAAUAUCGCAGCGGACGAUGAAGCUGAAGCGAACGAGCUGCCUGGGAUCGAGUUUUAUGGGGCUAUUAUCCGGAGAACAUCUGCAUACACUUCGCUAUUGAACAAUAUUCGUCGAGAGUGCCUUUUCGCCCCUUCUGAGCCGGACCUUUUGGGAAAAAUUCGGAAAUUUAUACUGGGAUCCCUCCCAGUAUCACCCUGCAUCAAUGAACAAAAGCCAGCGGAAGUUUUCGACAUCAGUUUCAGAAUCAGGUGGGACCCGCUCAAAUUCAUGCUAGACGAACAUUACGAAGACGAUCCAGAGGAGGCAAUUGAAUAUGUCAUUACAUUGACCGGCUCUGCCAUGUCGGCACAGGCGAUGACUUGCGGGGAGUACUUACGUCAAGUUUGGCCAUCAACAGGCCCGAGUGUGAUAAAGCUUAUGAAAGCCCUCGUGUCUGAGGAGAGGAAGGGCUCCGACGUUUUAGCUGAUGGCACUCAACUUGCCUUUUCGAGCCGUCCGUCCAUAGAACAGGCUUCGUCAUUUGAUGUCUGGGUUGAUGCUCGAGGGACUGCGCCCAUUCUUGCUGAGAUUGGAGAGCAGGUUGCGUGGCUUGCAUCCGCGCUACGGUCCUCUUCCCUCAGUCCGGGCACCGUUGCCUACAACAGACCCUUCAUCAAAUUCGUGAAGAUCAGCCACCAAAAAGGCGAAGAGAAUAUGAAGACCACUUAUCUAUAUGAUAUUGGUGUUGAAGUAUACGAUGAGCCAGACCGCCGCGAGAUUGCGAAUGGUGAUUGCUGGCACAAAUUGUUCGGAUCGCCAGUUGUCGUAGAAGGGUUCCCGAUACGACGGAGGGUGGAACAACAUUCAAAAGGCCUUGAAAUCCCGCUAGAAAUGAUGGCGUCACUCGCAGGCACGCGCAAGAUCAAUUACUUCGACGGGAGAGUUAUUCUGAAAGGCUUUUCAACUAUGCUGGUCCCUGCAAAAUGCAGCCAAAGUUCAGUCACAUGGCAUCUUCUGUACCAGAAAAAUGGGGACCAUAUUUCUUAUCUCAAAAGCGAGCAGCUUCCCCGUCUCGAUCUCAAUAUUCAACAGCUAGAAAAAGCGCGACACUUUUUGGGGUGGUGUCCGGCUGCACGGAUGUACGCGGGCGAAGCUGAUGCUAGCUAUAACAUCAGGAACUCGAGGCUCCCCCGUCCCUCAGGAGACUGUAUUCUGAGCAACGCAUCACUCUCUGCUUCGUAUGGAAUUAUUGGAAGUUCAGCUUUUAGGAUUGGGCGUAAAGAUAUCAAGCUCCCGCGCAACUCGUACGUUAAGAAGAUAAGAUGGAUAUCGGAGAAAUAUACAAUUCUCUGGGAAAUUACAGAAAAGCGAGGUUGGCUUGUUAAUGGAGCCGCCGCCUUGCUUCACCUUGUUCAUACGUCUCUACGGCAGGACGACCUCAGCAACGCUAGUCUGUUGUGUCUAUACAAUGAGGGAACCCAGAGAACAUCUGCUUCUCACCGAUCUGAUUCCGCCCUUAGUGUGCUCUUGAGUCAACCACACCUUGAACUGCCUGUUUACCCAGGGGAUGAUCAGCACACAUUGAAGGACCUUAUAGAGGACUUAUAUGAUUACCUGGAAAGAGCGAUCACAUACCAGGUGAAAGCGAUCGGUCCAGAUGGCAACACUUAUAAGCAGCCGAGGUCAGCAUUGGAUGGUUGGGAUUUCACUGAUAUGGCUCUAGAGCGAGAUCCCAUAUAUCCACGGCGAGCAUACCUGGAAGAAGAUGGUCGGUCCUGGGUCGACUUCGCUCGCUCCAUACACGCAAUCAUCCUAUUUGGCAGAGGGUUCGAUGAAAUCAUUCAGCCUGCUGAUGCAUACUGCCCUUCAUGGGCGACACUGCCACAUGGAAAAUCGUAUCUCGGUGCUGCAGUUGCGGACCUUUACAAGAUAAUGGAGCAAUAUGGAGACUAUGACACCCGACCAAUGCGACUUUGUCACGACACAUUCUGGGCGGUGACCAACGAGAAGUUCAGUCAGUGCUCAUGUGGCAUGCAAACUGAAACUGAAAUCCCUAAGCACUCGGAUUUUGUCCAAGUUCUGCUUCCUUCAAUCAUGCGGCACGAACUCCCCAGCCACGUUCUUGUGCGCCCGGAACCUCCAGGUGCGGUCAUCUUCGGCCAAAGCGCCAGGGACCGAUGGUACUGGGGCAACUUUGGACCUCCCGCAAAGGCAGUCACUCUGAUCAGCAAUGACUCAUACCAAGCUUACUCCGAUUUUGAAGAUAAUACAUUUGCAACAACUCUUUGUUCAACAGGACCCAAGGAAAGUGAAGACUCGGUAUCUGAUUUGUAUCAGCCGGACGUAGAACGGUACAUAAAACAAUCGCGUACAACAUCCGGUCAAAGGAAUGACUUUGUCUUUGCGGCCAGCAGAAAGUACGAGACAAGGCAUAUCCGUUAUGCAGAUGACUACAAGUUGGGCAUUAUAUGCGCCCUCCAUAUUGAGCUCAUGGCAGUACGUGCUCUGUUUGACGAAACGCAUGAGAACCUGCCUAUUUCUGAGAACGAUGACAACUACUAUGCGCUGGGAUCCAUCGCGAAGCAUAAUGUUGUUGCUGCAUGUCUUCCCUUAGGCACCUACGGCACAAACCCUGCUGCAAUUGUCGCAACCCAUAUGAAGCGCAGUUUCCCUGCUUUGAGAUUCUGCCUUCUGGUUGGUAUCGGAGCUGGAGUACCUUCUGAGAAGUAUCAAAUACGCUUAGGUGACAUUGUAGUCAGCAAGGCUAGCGGCAGAUAUCCCGGCGUCCUGCCAUACGACAUGAUUAAAUGCCUCGAAUUUGGAGCAUCUGAGCUAAAUGGUUGCCUGAGCCCUCCCCCUGCGCACCUUAUGGCCCUGAUAAGUGAGCUUGAGUCAGACCCGGGUGGAUCCUCUACACUCCAGGAAUAUAUUCGGCAAAUUGAGGAGCGCCAGCCCCAGUAUAAAUACCCCGGAGCCAUCAAGGAUAGACUGUUUGCAUCUUCUUACAUGCAUAGUGGCGGCGACGAAUCUUGUGACCAGUGCAACCCACUGUGUGAAAUCCGACGACCCCCUCGAACACCAGCUUAUCCAAAAGUGCACUAUGGCUUAAUUGCAUCUGGGAACAAACUCAUCAGAUCGGCCGAAAAGCGGGAUAUGUUAGGGCGGGAGCACAAUGUACUGUGCUUUGAGAUGGAAGGCGCGGGGAUCGUGAACAGCUUCCCCUGCCUAGUCAUUCGGGGGAUCUGUGACUAUGCUGAUUCCCACAAAAACAAAAUCUGGCAGAAAUAUGCUGCUGCGGUUGCCGCGGCAUAUGCGAAAUUACUGCUCUCUCGACUGAGGGCGUCAGACAGCGUUCCUCCAAACUUUUGAGAUUGGUGGAAGUCGGCAUUGGUAUAAGUGGUCCAUACAAACAGGGUGGGAAGGUAGUUGGGACAUGUUUGGAAUCCGAGUCGGGGGACGAUGUUGGCAGGGUAUUGAAUUUUCGCUUGGGAAUGCAGCGUCCUUCCGAAAUCCACGUUUCGCAGCUAAAACAUAACUCAACCAGAGAUUGAGCCACAUAUAUCUUCGCAUAACUCAAGAAAUAAUGAAACCCAAACGUCCAAGAUCGC